AUGAUGAUGUAUACUAAUUUGAUCUUGCUUGUUUUUCUUUCAUUAUUAAUAUCAAUUACUGGUAUAAAAGAUGAUGCUAAAGAAUUACCUGCAGUAUCCUAUACAGCUGGUCGAAGUUCAAAAUCAGCAUUUGAUGCACAAUUUCCUCGUGGUCGUUGUCCAGAACGAUUUUAUCAAUUACGUGAUGAAUGUUUAUAUUUUUCAAUUGAUGGCAAAAUCUAUUCAUGGCAAAAUGCUGAUAGUAUAUGUUCACGACAUCUAGGUAGUAUCUUACAGCAACAAGCAGCAUCAAAUCCUGAGCAACCCAAUAUGCAACCAACUCUAGGUGUAAGACAAUUAGUAUUAAAUACACCUGAAAAAACUGAAAUAUUACGAGCAUUCUAUCAAGAAUAUAGUGAACAAAAUUUUGCUGUUCGUCUUCCAUAUGAUUAUCAUACAUUACAACGAUGUAAUGAUGGACAAGAUGAUAAAUGGCCACUUUAUUGUACAAAUACACAAUAUCCUAAUUCAACAUGUCUAGAAACAAUAUCGAAUGGUUCAAAUGAUAUUUGUUUACGUGAAGUUGAUUGUAAUCGAAGAUAUUUAAGACUUGCAUGUGAAUUUACAUUACCUGGAAGUGCUGAAUUAACAAGUUCACAAUUUCGUCAUUGUACUAAAAUUCGUGGUCGCCGUCGUCUUUUACCAAUAUGGGUAUGGAUUGCCAUAGCUAUUGGUGGUACAUUAUUACUUUUAAUUAUUCUUGGUGCUAUUAUUUCAUUGAUGUCAAAAUCAAAAAAACGUUCAUCAAAAUCAAAAAUAACUUUGCCUGAACAACGUUUUCCAGAUGAAAAAAUUGUUCGAGUUACACCAAAACGUGUAGAUCCAUCUGCUGAACCAAUGCUUAUUCGAUCUACCCCAACGAAUGCAUCUAAUACAGAUUAUUUACAACCUCGAUCAUCAGCAACAGAAAAUACUCCAAAUGUUUAA